GGGCUCAAAUCCAAGCACUCGAAAAAAGAUAGAAGAAGAAAACUAGAAAAGGAAGAAGAAGAAGAAAAAGAAGAGAAACGGAAGCACAGAAGAAGUAGCAGAGGAAGUCGGGUGUGUUCUUCCCCAGGACCACGGCGAAACUUGCAGUUCAAGGAAGCUUUUCAACCCGCUGAGAUCGGGUCGGGUCGCAGCCUCUUCAUCUCCUUCUCCUCCUCUUCCUCUGCUUCUCUUCUGUCUCUCAACUUCUCCGCCCAUUUCUCCUCUUCAACCACACUUCUGGACGGACUCGAAAAUGGUUUCCUAGGAAAAUUCUUAGAAUUUUUCCAAGGGCUGGUUGAUUUGGGACCUGGGAGCAUGACUGCUUUUGUCUUGGAUGAACCUUGUGUCAUCAGUUCCAGAAAUCGCAAGGCCUAUGUAGUCAAUUUGGGAAGUUAAAAGGUUGCACAACAUAAAAGUUAUAGCACUCAGCAGGCUAGAAUUUGAAAAUAUGUACUCUUUUAUCAUGAAGAGGUGAAACAUGCCUUCCGGGAUCCACAGUUUCUCUAUCUACUUUGUUCCAGUUGAGAGACUUGAAGUCACCACUGAAUUUAGUACCAGAACUUUUGAUGCAAACUACUAAUGAGCUGAAAUGAGGAGAUGGUAUGGUGUUGUUUUAAUUGCAUCCUUGUUUAUGUUAUUGGUGAUGUGGUACGGGGUCAUGAAAAAUCCUAUUGGAGAAAGUUACCUUAUAAGUCCUUUAUCCUACAAUACAACAAAUACCCUCAAAUGGUUAUAUGCUGGGGAUUCAACUGCAGAUCAGAAUCCGAAGAAUGGUUCUCAAGUUUUAUCUGCUGAUAUCAUUGUCUUUAGUCUCUUUGUCCAGAGGAACUUCUCCAAUGAAGAGCAACAAUCUUUGCAUACAUGGAACCAUUUGAAACACUUAAUAAAUCAUGCUCAGGGAUUACCAAAUGCUGUAGAAGCUGUGAAGGAAGCUGGAAAUGCAUGGAGUAGCCUUAUGGUGUCAGUUGAAGAGGAUAGACUUGUUUACACAAAUGAAAGUUCACAUGGGAGAGCUAAAGAAAAGCAGUGCUCUUAUUUUCUUAAUAAAAUGAAUACCACAGAAUUCAAUAAUAGUGAUUAUAAAUUGCGGGUUCCAUGUGGCCUCACUCAGGGUUCUUCGAUUACAAUCAUUGGCACUCCGAAUGGUCUUCUUGGUAACUUUCGGAUUGAUCUAAGAGGGGAAAGGCUUCCUGGGGAGCCAGAUCCACCCAUCAUUUUGCAUUACAAUGUUAGGCUGCAUGGUGAUAAGAUCACUGAAGACCCUGUAAUUGUCCAAAAUACCUGGAAUAUAGCCCAUGACUGGGGUGAAGAGGAGCGUUGUCCAUCUCCUACUCCAGAAAAAAAUAAGAAAGUGGACGAGCUGGACCAGUGCAACAAGAUAGUGGGUAAAGAUGACAACCAGGUUAUCCUGCUUAGCAGGCAUUCUAAUGCUCCGAGUAAAUCUUCCAUGGUACACAAAGGACCUAAAACAAGAAGAUAUUUUCCUUUUAGGCAAGGUCAUCCAUUUGUUACCACACUAAGGGUGGGAGGAGAAGGAAUACAAAUGACAGUUGAUGGAAAGCACAUAACAUCAUUUGCAUAUCGUGAAAGUUUGGAGCCAUGGCUUGUUAGUGAAGUAAGGAUUUCUGGAGACUUGGAUUUAAUUUCUGUCCUAGCUAGUGGUUUACCCACAUCAGAGGAUUCAGAACAUAUAAUUGAUAUAGAAAAACUUAAAUCAGCUCGUCUCCCUCCUCAAAGACUGCUGGAUCUCUUCAUUGGGGUUUUCUCUACAGCAAAUAAUUUUAAGCGCAGGAUGGCUGUUCGAAGAACAUGGAUGCAAUAUGCUGCUGUGAAAUCAGGAGCAGUUGCAGUGCGCUUUUUUGUUGGUUUACAUAAGAACCAAAUGGUAAAUGAGGAGCUCUGGAACGAGGCACAGACAUAUGGAGACAUACAGCUGAUGCCAUUUAUUGAUUAUUACAGCGUUAUCACCUGGAAGACUCUAGCCAUCUGCAUCUUUGGGACAGACGUUGUUUCAGCAAAUUUUGUCAUGAAGACAGAUGAUGAUGCAUUUGUUCGUGUGGACGAAGUCUUAACUUCUUUGAAGAGGAUUAAUGCGACUCAAGGAUUGCUUUAUGGUCUCAUAAACUCAGAUUCUCGUCCUCAUCGAACUCAUGAUAGCAAGUGGUAUAUUAGCAAAGAGGAAUGGUCAGAAGAGACUUACCCCCCUUGGGCACAUGGUCCUGGUUACGUUGUGUCACAUGACAUCGCAAAGGCAGUCAACAAGAGAUACAGAAAAGGCCAGCUGAAGAUGUUUAAGCUAGAAGACGUGGCAAUGGGCAUCUGGAUUGCUGAUAUGAAGAAGAAUGGUUUGGAAAUUAGGUAUGAAAAGGAAGAGAGGGUCUAUAAUGUGGGGUGCAAGGAAGGUUAUGUUGUGGCCCAUUACCAAGGUCCGAGGGAAUUGCUGUGUCUAUGGCAGAAGCUUCAAGAAGGAAAUGGUGCGAAAUGCUGUAGCAAUCGAUAAACAUAGAUUAGUCUAGUCAUCGGCGCCAAGUUGCGAACACGUUCAUUGUUAACUAGUCCCUGUCAUAGUCAAGGGUAGGGUGUUUUUUUUUUUUUUUUUUAUAAACCACGAGGCGAGCUGAGUUUUAGAGGAUCUAUGCCACUAAUGAUUUAGAAAUGAACUACAAAUACUUGUAGUAAAGCUUGUAGGGUUUGUUGAAAUACAAUGUGCUUCACACGCAAUCUAACGGCGUGUAAAGUGAAAGGGUGGAUGGGAGAGAGAUUUCUGUAUAGUACACUCUGGUUAAAUAGAAAUUUAUUGCCUCAUUAUAA